AUGAAGGCCCUCUCUCUCCUUGCGGCUGCCGGGGCAGUCUCUGCGCAUACCAUCUUCGUCCAGCUCGAAGCAGACGGCACGAGGUACCCGGUUUCGUACGGGAUCCGGGACCCAACCUACGACGGCCCCAUCACCGACGUCACAUCCAACGACGUUGCUUGCAACGGCGGUCCGAACCCGACGACCCCCUCCAGCGACGUCAUCACCGUCACCGCGGGCACCACCGUCAAGGCCAUCUGGAGGCACACCCUCCAAUCCGGCCCGGACGAUGUCAUGGACGCCAGCCACAAGGGCCCGACCCUGGCCUACAUCAAGAAGGUCGGCGAUGCCACCAAGGACUCGGGCGUCGGCGGUGGCUGGUUCAAGAUCCAGGAGGACGGUUACAACAACGGCCAGUGGGGCACCAGCACCGUUAUCUCCAACGGCGGCGAGCACUACAUUGACAUCCCGGCCUGCAUCCCCGAGGGUCAGUACCUCCUCCGCGCCGAGAUGAUCGCCCUCCACGCGGCCGGGUCCCCCGGCGGCGCUCAGCUCUACAUGGAAUGUGCCCAGAUCAACAUCGUCGGCGGCUCCGGCUCGGUGCCCAGCUCGACGGUCAGCUUCCCCGGCGCGUAUAGCCCCAACGACCCGGGUCUCCUCAUCAACAUCUAUUCCAUGUCGCCCUCGAGCUCGUACACCAUCCCGGGCCCGCCCGUUUUCAAGUGCUAG